GGACCUGCCCAACUCGCCAAACCAGUGGCAGUGGUAACUAACUGCUACUUGCAGCGUGCUGCUCGCUGACUGCUGAUCCCGCUGCAGAACCGGGGGCUGAAGCAACGCUCAGCCAACAGCAGCAGCAGCACUCGUCAACAGCGCUACCCGAGUUUCUUGAACAUCAGAAUGGGAAACGCUCACCAUCAUCAAGUGAUUCAAGCCACACCACCGCCACCCAACGCUAGCUUGAAGAUCAAUGUGAAAAGCGGGCGCGUCCUCCACUUUGGUCCAGGACAUGGGAUCAUUCUGUCCUUCAUUGACGAUGGAAACCGCAAAAUCACAACAAGAUUCACUAUGCACUGGGUUCCCACAAGAUUCAAGUCUGGCGACGAGGAAGUCUUGUUUCUUGGGGCCAUUGAUGAUCCCAAUUUCGGAGAAAUCACCACACUUGAGCUGCAGCGUGAAAAAUGGAAUCCGGACUCGUCGGACAUCAGCUGGUUUUGUGACAUGGUCACCAUCAAAUACCUGAAGCGCUCGUUUAAAGACGGCGUAUUUCCCGUGCACCGCUACGUGGGACAUGCGUCGCCUCUGCAGAUCCUCAACCGGCACUCGUGCCUGCCGCAAGCGGAGCCCUGGCCAUUGCAGCGCGCCCAAGAGAUCGAGCACAAGCGGCGGGGUCUGGUGUACUCUGCGCCGGCACAAGGCAUGAUGCCAAUGGCGCACGCUUUGCCGUACCGAUCCACAUUCCAUGAUCACUACGGAGUGUGCAAAAUCGAAGAGAAUCGCAACGUGCUGAAGAAGCGCUGCAAGUUUGACGACGUCAACAGCUUUGCGGUGAAGAAGUGGAAAGAGAUAAACAAACUCUACGUCAGCCCCUACCUGCUAGCGCCCAAGUGUAUCAAGUACUGGAGAAGCGAUGAAUACUUUGGACAGCUGCGCCUCUCCGGACCGAAUCCGUUUCUCAUUAGACGCUGCACGGGUAUCCCGUUCAACUGUGCCAUCACGCCCAACUUGGUCGAUCGUUUCUUGGAGGGUCAAUCCUUGCAAACCGCAAUAGAAGCAAAGAAGAUAUACAUCGUCAACUUUGAAAUGAUGGUCGUUGACAAUGACACACCACGCAAAUGCGUGCAGCCAAUCGGUCUCUUCUAUGUCAACAAAGCAGGUGACCUGAUGCCCAUUGCAAUUCAGCUAGAGCCGAGCCUUGGCGGUGCGAGAAGCCCUGUCUUCUUGCCCAGUGAUCCAGCGUGGACAUGGACGGCAGCGAAGAUGUGGUUCAACAGCGCCGACGCAGCAUACCACAUGGCCGUGGCCAAGCUGAGCCGCUGCAACUUUGUGCUGGAGACGUUUGCUCUGGCCAUACACCGCAACUUCUCGUCCACACAUCCCCUCUUCCAGCUCGUUGCCCCGCACAUCCGCUACAUCUUCGACGCAAACCGCUCCAGCGCGUUCUACCUGCUGAACCUUACCGACGGCUACAUAGACUUUGACUUCUCGUUGGGACGCCGCGCAACCUUCAGCGUUAUCCAGAGAGACUACCGGCGUAUGAAAGUAUCGCACCGCAUGUUCCAGCAGGAUCUCGUGGAGCGUGGAGUUGAUGAUCCGAGCUCGCUGCCCAACUACCACUAUCGUGACGAUGGCUUACUGUACGACGCCGCCAUAAAGAACUAUGUCUACACGGUGGUGGAGAGUGUGUACUCGAGCCCCGAGGACCUCAUCUACGAUCACGAGCUGCAGAGCUUCGCACACGAAAUCUCGGACGGCCGUUUGAGCGAGCCGCUCCUGCGCGGACUGCCGAUGGAGGGCAAGUUCACCAACACGCUGCAGAUCGGGCUCGUGUUUGCGCACAUUAUCUUCACGGCAACCGCUCAUUUUGGCGCCACUCAUAACACAAUGUAUGAGAACUACGCCUGGCCGCCCAACUACCCGUCGUUCCUGCGUGGUCUGCCACCGGAUACCAAGGAGAAACUGAAGGAGACGGACGUGAUUGCAAUGAUCCCGGAAAGACCGUACAUCGCCAAAACUCUGCUGAUCAUGGACACCCUGCAGAAGCUGACCGUCGUGCACCUGGGUGACUAUGAUGUCGAGCACUCUGUGGAUCAAAUGUCGCACCACUUGUUGGAGAUGUUCCGCAAGGACUUGAAGGAGAUUGCCAAGCACAUUGAGAGGGUUAACAAGAAGAGGAAGUUUUCCUACAAGGCCUUGCUGCCCAACAAGAUACCAAACUGUCCGUUCUCCUAGACUCUCCGCCUAAGUGUGUGUACCGACCGGCCUGGGUGCUGACACCCAUGGAGCUAAUAGCGGUCGUGUCAAUGUGUGUGUGAGUUGAUGCACAUGCGCGCGUGUGGAUUGGGUAGGGGUGCUCCAGGUUGCCGUUUUGAAUGGUUUCUUGUUUCCAUUGGCGUGCAUUGCCAUAUUUAGCACCCACGUAAACCUCACUGCCUUAUGCUAUCUAUGGCUGCAAAGAACGGUGGCCAAUGCUGAACAAGACUAUUAUCCAGACAAAGACAAAUGUGUAUGCAUGGUCUCAGCACAGAACGGUAUAAUAGCACUAACUAAAGCUCAAUCUUCUGUCUCAUCGCAGCCAACUGGCUGUACGUGUUAUCAACAGUGCUGGUGGGAAGUCCCAUACCGGCUUGUGUCCGAUCAUUUGCUCACGGCGCUGAGCAAGGAAACAGCCACAGUUUUUGUAUUGCACUCAAACGAGUAUUGUUUCCAUUGGUCAUGUGCACAGUAUGUGGUCAAGCUACUAGCUUGGUCUGUGCAUUACCAAACACAUGUAAUACAACAAUGAACACAACACCAUGCAUGUGUGCACACGUAUGGUGAUAUUCGUUCUCUGUUAAAUACUUGCAUCUGUGACGGACUUAUCUCGAUGCACCCAUAGCAUUCAC